AUGGCUUGGGGCGAGCUCGGGCUGCUCCGCUGGCUGCGGGAGAGCCGCCAGUCCCGCAAGCUCAUCCUGCUCAUCGUCUUCAUCGCGCUGCUGCUGGACAACAUGCUGCUCACCGUGGUCGUGCCAAUAAUUCCCAGUUACCUUUACAGCAUCGAACACCAGAAAAACGCCACAGAAAUCCAGACUGCUACACCCAACCUCCCCUCAGCAACCAUGGACAAUUUCCAGAGCAUCUUCUCCUACUACGACAACUCCACCGUGCUCGCUGGGAACGAGUCUGACGGGACACAGCCUGCAGAGCUGCCUCAGAGCCAGACAGAGCCCAUGGCUGUCGGGGUGACUCCGGCCCCCUCUGACUGCCCCAAGGACGACAAGGAGCUGCUGAACGAGAACGUCCGCGUCGGCCUCUUGUUCGCCUCAAAAGCAACAGUGCAGCUGAUGACCAACCCCUUCAUAGGGCCCCUGACUAACAGAAUAGGGUACCAGAUCCCACUGUUUGCUGGCUUCUGCAUCAUGUUUGUGUCAACAAUCAUGUUUGCCUUCUCUGGAAGCUAUGCACUGCUAUUUAUUGCCAGGUCCCUGCAAGGAGUGGGUUCCUCUUGUUCUUCUGUGGCAGGGAUGGGAUUGCUUGCCACUGUUUACACGGAUGAUGAAGAGAGAGGCAACGCGAUGGGAAUUGCCCUUGGAGGCCUGGCUAUGGGAGUACUAGUGGGCCCCCCUUUUGGGAGUGUCAUGUAUGAGUUUGUGGGGAAGAGCUCUCCCUUCCUGGUGCUGGCAGCCCUGGCUCUGUUUGAUGGAGCUGUUCAGUUACUUGUCCUGCAGCCCUCCAGAACACAGGCAGAAAGUCAGAAGGGGACACCUUUGCUGACACUUCUGAAGGACCCAUACAUCAUUAUUGCAGCAGGCUCGAUCUGUUUUGCAAACAUGGCUAUUGCUAUGCUUGAACCAGCUUUACCCAUCUGGAUGAUGGAGACCAUGUGCUCAAAAAAAUGGCAGCUUGGCGUCGCUUUUCUUCCAGCCAGCAUCUCUUAUCUCAUUGGGACCAAUCUUUUUGGGAUACUUGCACACAAAAUUGGAAGGUGGCUUUGUGCUUUGCUCGGGAUGCUAAUCGUGGGAAUAAGUAUUUUAUGUGUACCAUUUGCUAAAAACAUUUAUGGGCUCAUAGCACCAACUUUUGGAGUUGGAUUUGCCAUAGGGAUGGUGGACUCCUCCAUGAUGCCAAUCAUGGGCUACCUGGUGGAUCUGCGCCACGUGUCGGUCUAUGGCAGUGUGUAUGCCAUAGCUGACGUUGCCUUCUGCAUGGGUUUUGCCAUUGGUCCCUCUGCUGGUGGUGCCAUUGCCAAGGCCAUUGGAUUCCCAUGGCUCAUGACAAUUAUAGGAAUUGUGGAUAUCAUCUUUGCUCCCCUGUGCUUUUUCCUUCGAAGUCCACCUGCCAAAGAGGAGAAAAUGGCAAUACUCAUGGAUCACAACUGUCCUGUGAAAACAAAAAUGUACACCCAGAACAACAUCCAAUCCUACCCCAUAGGUGAAGAAGAGGAGGAAUAUGAAAGUGAUGAAUAACA